CGUGGGCCUGGAGGAAGGACGGGCUGUGUGUGUGUGACUCCGUGUGUGUGUCACUGUAUAUCUCUGUGUGUGAUAUUCUGUGUGUGUGUGACUCCGUGUGUGUGUCACUGUAUAUCUCUGUGUGAUAUUCUGUGUGUGUGACUCCGUGUGUGUCACUGUAUAUCAGUGUGUGUGUGUUACUCUGUGUAUGCUUGAGAUUCUGUGUGUGUGACUCCGCAUGUGUCACUAUAUCACUGUUACUCUGUGUGUGAGAUUCUGUGUGUGUGUGACUCCGUGUGUCACUAUAUCACUGUUACUGUGUGUGUGUGAAAUUGCGUCUGUCACCUUGUGUGUGACUGUGUGUGUCACUGGGCUGUGUGUGCGCGCGCGUGUGUGUACGUCUGUGUGCGUGUGUGCGUAUAUAAUUUCUAAAUGGACAUCACCUUACACACCACAAGGUUAAAAAAUGACCCCUGUGCUGUUCCUGGCCAAGCCCGGAGAGAAAGCCCUGCCUGAAAGUGCCUGGAGGCCCGAGCCUGGGACCCUCACCACAUUCAAUGGAGUGUAUGGCUGCAACUUCUGUCACUCAAGGCCUGAGGGCGGGGAUCGGAGUCCUAGCCAAUCAGGGCGCUGGAGCGAGAACUGCCCAAUGAGCCGGAGAGGAGAAAGCGGCCUCCGGGAUCUGUGGCGGCCUUUGCCUCUGGCUACUGCCAGGGCUCGGUGUAGGGUUUUACCGCCCUGCAUGCUCGCCGCGGAGGCCGGGGUGAUUCAGCCGCAGCCUCGGCCUCCGUCGCUCUGUGACCUGGGGUCUCGGGUGAUUCGUAGCUAAGACUCCGCGACACCCCGAAGCCCAGAAAUGAAACUCUUAACAUUCAGGGAUGUGACCAUAGAAUUCUCUCCAGAAGAGUGGAGAUGUCUGGACCCUGCCCAGCAGAAUUUAUAUAGAGAUGUGAUGUUGGAGAACUACAGAAACCUGGUCUCCCUGGGUGUUGCUCUCUCUAACCCAGACCUGGUCACCUGUCUGGAGCAAAGAAAGGAGCCCUACAAUGUGAAGAUACAUCAGACAGUAGCCAGAUCACCAGCUAUGUGUUCUCCUUUUACCCAAGACCAUUGGCCAGUGGAGGGCAUAGAAGAUUCAUUCCACAAACUUAUACUGAGAAGAUAUGAGAAGUGUGGACAUGAGAAUUUACAAUUAAGAAAAGGCUGUAAAAGUUUGAAUGAGUGUAAGGUGCAGAAAGGAGGUUAUAAUGAACUUACUGAAUGCUUUUCAACUACCACGAGCAAAAUAUUGCAAUGUAAAGCACGUGUCAAAGUUUUUAGUAAGUUUUCUCAUUCAAACAAACGUAAGACAAGACAUACUGGAGAGAAGCCCUUUAAAUGUAAAGAAUGUGGCAAAUCAUUUCAGAAGUUCUUGCAGCUAACUCAACAUAAGGGAAUCCAUGCUGGAGGGAAACUCUACACAUGUGAAGACUGUGGCAAAGCCUUUAAAUGGUCUUUAAUAUUUAAUGAACAUAAGAGAGUUCAUACUGGAGAGAAACCUUUUACAUGUGAAGAAUGUGGCAGCAUCUUUACUACAUCCUCACACUUUGCUAAACAUAAGAUAAUUCAUACUGGAGAGAAACCCUACAAAUGUGAAGAAUGUGGCAAAGCCUUUAAUAGGUUUACAACCCUUACUAAACAUAAGAGAAUUCAUGCUGGAGAGAAGUGCAUCACAUGUGAAGAAUGUGGCAAAAUCUUUACCUCAUCCUCAAACUUUGCCAAACAUAAGAGAAUUCAUACUGGAGAGAAACCCUACCAAUGUGAAGAAUGUGGCAAAGCCUUUAAUAGGUCCACAACCCUUACUAAACAUAAGAGAAUUCAUACUGGAGAGAAACCCUACACAUGUGAGGAAUGUGGCAAAGCAUUUAGACAGUCCUCAAAACUGAAUGAACAUAAGAAAGUUCAUACUGGAGAGAAGCCCUACAAAUGUGAUGAAUGUGGCAAAGCCUUUGGACGGUCCAGAGUCCUGAAUGAACAUAAGAAAAUUCAUACUGGAGAGAAACCCUACAAAUGUGAAGAAUGUGGCAAAGCCUUUAGACGGUCCACAGAUCGGAGUCAACAUAAGAAAAUUCAUAGUGCAGAUAAACCCUACAAAUGUAAAGAAUGUGACAAAGCCUUUAAACAGUUCUCCCUCCUGAGUCAACAUAAGAAAAUUCAUACUGUAGAUAAACCCUACAAAUGUAAAGAGUGUGACAAAGCUUUUAAACGGUUCUCACACUUGAAUAAACAUAAGAAAAUUCAUACUUGAGAGAAAUCUUAUAAAUUUAAAGAAUGUGGGCAAAGCCUUUGGAUGGUCCACAAAACUGAAUGAACAUGAGAAAGUUUAUACUGGAGAGAAACCCUGGAAGUGGCAACAGUAUGAAAAAGUUCUUUACCUCAUUCUCAAACCUUGCUAAACAUAAGAGAGUUCAUACUGGAAAGAAAUUGCAAAUGUGAAGAAUGUGGCAAAGCCUGUGGGUGGUCCACAAAUCUGAAUGAACAUAAAAAAAUUUUUACUGGAAAUAAAUUCUAGAAAUGUAAAGAAUGUGACAAAAUCUUUAAAAUAGUCCUCACGCAUGAAUAAAAGAAAAUUCAUACUGGAGAGAACCCCUACAAAUUUGAAGAAUGUAGUAAAGCCUUUGGAUGGUCCACAAUCCUGAAUCAACAUAAGAAAAUUUGUAAGGCCAGGUGCAGUGGCUCACGCCUGUAAUUCCAGCACUUUGGGAGGCCAAGGCGGGCAGAUCACCAGGUCAGUAGAUCAAGACCAUCCUGGCCAACACGGUGAAACCCCAUCUCUACUAAAAUAUGUAUAUAUAUACACACACACACACACACACAAAUUAGCUGGGUGUGAUAUGGUGGGCACCUGUAAUCCCAGCUACUUAGGAGGCUGUGGCAGGAGAAUACCUUGAACCAGGGAGUCGGAGGUUGCUGUGAGUCAAGAUCACACCACUGCACUCCAGCCUGGUGACAGAGUGAGACUCUAUCUAAAAGAAAGAGAAAGAAAGAAAAUUCGUGCUGGAGAGAAGGCUUUGCCACACAUGUGGCAAAGCGUUUAAUUGGCCGUCAACCCUUAAUAAAUAGGAUUCAUGGUGUAAAAAAACUUCACAUGUGAACAAUGUGGCAAUGCCUUUAAAUGGCCCUCAACCCUUAAUGAACAUAAGAGAAUUCAUGCUGGAGCAAAACCCUUCACAUGUGAAGAAUGUUGCAAAGUCUUUACCACAUCCCCAAACCCACGUUAAACAUAAGAGAAUUCAUACCAGAGAGAAAGCCUACACAUGAAGAAAAGCCUUUAAUAGGCUCUCAAGAGACCCUUAUUGUACACGAGAGAAUUCAUUCUGGGGAACAAUUCUGCAAAUGUGAAGAAUGUGGCAAAGCCUUAAGACAGUUCGCAUACCUUUAUGAAGAAUUCAUUCCACAAACUUCACUGAGAAGAUAGGUGAAAUGAAUGUAAGAAAAUUCAUGCUGUAUAUAAAACCAUAGAAAUGUCAAGGAUGUGGCAAAGCCUUUAAGCCAUACCCCCAAGCUUCUUAAACAUGAGAGAAUUCAUACUGGAUGAAAGUCUUACAAAUGUGAAUAAUGUGGCAGUCUUUAAAUCUUCCUCAGUCCUUUUUAAAUCAUAAGGUAAUUCAUGCUGGAGAGAAAAAAUGUGAAAAAGCUUUUAACCACACCUCAGUCUGUUCUAAAUAUAAGAGUAAUGAGGCCAGGCGGGGUGGCUCACACCUGUAAUCCCAGCACUUUGGGAGGCCGAGGUGGGUGGAUCACGAGGUCAAGAGAUUGAGACCAUCCUGGUCAACAAGGUGAAACCCCAUCUCUACUAAAAAUACAAAAAAAUAGCUGGGCAUGGUGGCGCGCCUGUAGUCCCAGCUACUUGGGAGGCUGAGGCAGGAGAAUUGCCUGAACCCAGGAGGCGGAGGUUGCGGUGAGCCGAGAUCGUGCCAUUACACUCCAGCCUGGGUAACGAGUGAAACUCUGUCUCAAAAAAGAAAAACAAAAAAACUACAACAAAAAAAGUAAUGAUAUUGGUGAAAAGCCAUAAGAAGAAAAAUGUGGCAAUGGCAAAGCUUUCAAAUGCUUGUCACAUCUUACUGUAUAUAAUUCCUACGGAUGAAAUCUCCUGGAAAUACAAAAAUGGUGGCAAAACUCUUUACCAAUGCUCAUCUUUUUGCACAUGAUAGCCUUUAUACUUGAGAAAAGUUGCAGAAAUAGAAAAAUUGUAGAAAAGUCAUAUCUACUCACAUUUUACUAACUAAACAAAGUUCAGACUUCGUAAAGACAUUAUAAAUGUAAUUUAUGUUGAAAGACUUUUUAGAAAAUAUAGGCCUUUAAAGAGAAAUCUUAAGACAAUGUAAAUAUAAAGAGGGUUGCAGUACCAGUAUUUCUAUCAUGGAUCUUAAUUGUGCACAUCUUGCAAUAGAGAAAAACCCUAAAGGAGACUUCAACAUGAGUAAAUUUAUAUUAGAGAGAAAUCCUACAGAUGAAAUAAGAUGUGGAAAAACAUUUGUUCAAAAACUGCAGCUUAAAAAGCACCAGAGAGUUUAUAUGAGAAGACAUUUUGUAGAUGCAUUAAAUGUAAAGAAAUAUUUAGUCUAAAAUUAAGACUGUGAACAUCAGGAUUUACAAUAGAACUAAGGAGCUAACACCAGAUACUACAUUAAAUUGGAGUAUUAAGUAUAAAAAGCAAUCCAAAGUUGAACCUGUUAGAAACUUUCUUUGUAUAUAAGUUGAAAGAAGAUUUUUGAAGAGAUACUACAUUUAAAGUAUAUUUUUUCACUUGAAAAAAGUAUAGAUUUUUUGAAAAACAUAUAAUAGUUUCACUCAAUUUAUUUCAUACUGUUUCAACAUUCCUGUUUAUGUGAAAGCAUGUGAUGAAUUGUUGCUGCAUCAGAGAUAAGAGAUUAUUCUUCAUUAGGUAGGCAUUACUAAUGAACUUUUUUUUUGUAGAUGAAGUCUCACUCUGUCGCCAGGCUGGAGUGCAGUGGCACAAUCUUGUCUCACUGCAACCUCCACCUCCCAGGUUCAAAUGAUUCUCCUGCCUCCGCCUCCUGAGUUGCUGGGACUACAGGUGCAUGCUACCACGCCCAGCUAAUUUUUGUAUUUUUAGCAGAGACGGUGUUUCACCAUGUUGAUGAGGAUGAUCUGUCUCUUGACCUCAUGAUCCACCCACCUCGGCCUCCCAAAGUGUCAGGAUUACCGGCAUGAGCCACUGUGCCUGGCCUAUUCAUGAACUUUAAAAGAAAGAGGACAGAAAUGAAAGAUCCACAAUGAAAAUCUAAGCAGAGAGACAUUUUUGUAGUUGACAAUAUUGAGUGAUGCAUGAGGUAGGUGUUCUUCUGCAUUGUAGUAGUAAAUUGUUUUACCAAUUGUACAUUUAUGUAAUAAAAUGCAGUAAAUUUUUAAAUUGUCUUAAUAUUUUGGAACAUAAUUUUUUAACUAAACAAAAUUGUUGAUUUGUUGAAGUAAUUGUUGCUUGAAUGAAGUGUUAUUAUGCCACCAACUUUAACCUGUCCCUCCUUACUCAAGGUUGUGGGUAAAAGAUGGCAACAAUGGUGACACAGUUGAAUGAAAUUUUUAGUGUUCUUUUUUCAGUGACUUUAAAUAGCAAAUACAUUGGAGAAUAUCAUUUCCAUAUGUUGCAUUUUAUUGUUAUUUUUUAAAAUUUUUGUGGGUACAUAGUAUGUGUAUUUAUCUAUGGUAUAUAUGGGUUAUUUUCUUAUAUAGGCAUAUAACAUAAUCAUCAUACCAGAGUAAAUGAGUUAUUCAUCACCUCAAGCAUUUAUCUCUUGUAUUAUACACAAUCCAGUUAUACACUUUAAUUAUUUUUAAAUGUAAAAUUAUGAUUGUAGUAUUUUAUCAGAGUAUAAUUAUAAUUCAUAAAUUUUUGAGCUCCGAAUGAGUACUUUAAAAAUGUUUUAUGUUUAUCUUUGAACAUGUGGCAUCUUUCCGGCAAACUCAUACAGACUUUAGUUUCAUUUAUAUGAAGUUAAAUAUAUAAAUGUGUUGCUCUGAAGAUAAACAUUAGGUUUAAGAAAAUUAUGGAGUGAGCAAUUCUGUUUGUGUGAGUUUGUACCUAUCUUCCAAAGAAAAUAGCAAUAUUAGAACAAAGAAGAUUUUAUUAAUACCAUGGAUAAUUUACUAGAAAUCUAGAAACCUAAAACAUUCUUAAACCACAUCUAUAUUUUUUAUCUAAUUAAUUACUGUAAAGUCUAUUGGAUUGUUGUUGAAAAUGUUCCCAUGCAAAUUGUUUUUAUUUGUCUGGUGCUCAUGCUAGAGCUACAAUUUCUUUAUUUCUCUGUUUUUGUUUUCACUUCAUGAAGUAUUAUGUGAGCCGGUCAGAAAUUAUAAGAAUUAUUUUUAUAAAACUCAGUUUUGAGCCCAAAAUAAUUUUUGGCUGUAAUUUCAUAAUGUGUGUAUUAAGUUAUAUUUUAGUUAGAACAUUUCAUUUUCUUGUUUUAAUUGAAGAACCCUACAUAAGCUGUUUUCUGUGGUUAUUCUUUCACUUUUUAUAACUGACACAAAUGAGUUUAUUGUGCCAGUUUGUUCAGGUAAGUACUGGGAAAGCUUUGUAAGUCAUGGGGAUGUUUUGAUAUAUUAUUGUAGUGAACAAACAAAACCCUGGGAUCUCAAAAAAAAAAAAAAAAAGGUUAUUGAACAUGUAUACACUUUGCAAGUAUGAACAGUUUGUUUCUACUGCUCAUAAAAAGGGACAAUAUUAGAAAACAUUUAAUUUCCCAAACUGAUGAUCAGACAAAACCCAUAUAUUUUGUAGCUUUUUUUCCUAACCACCGUUGAAGUCAGAUAACCUCUGAAAAUGGCCGUUCUUCUUUUAAUUUGUAAUUUUUUUAUAAGUUCUAUGUAUUUUUUAAUUGAGUUUGUGAUUUUUUUUCUUUCUUGUCAGGGGUUUCUAACACCUUUGUGUGUGUGUGUGUGAGACAGAGUCUCACUCUGUUGCCCAGGCUGGAGUGUAGUGGUGCAAUCUCGGCUCACUGCAAUCUCCGCCUCCCAGGUUCAAGCAAUUCUCCUACCUCAGCCUUCUGAGUAGCUGGGAUUAUAGGUGCCUGCCACCAAACAUGGCUGAUUUUGUUUUUGUGUUUUUAGUAGAGAUGGGUUUUCACUGUGUUAGCCAGGAUGGUCUCAAGCUCCUGACCUCGUGAUCUGCCUGCCUCAGGCUCCCAAAGUGCUGGGAUUACAGGCAUGAGCCACCAUGUCCAGCCCUUAACACCUAUUUUACUGGAGUCUCUCCCACAUCAUUCUAGCAGGGUAAUGACUGUCCACACAUCCAAGAAUACAUCUGUCCUGAACCUGUUCUUACAGGCAAGUCAGAAGUCAAGAAAUCCAGGGUGUCAUCUAAAUCCCUGGUAAAGCCUCCCAUCAAGACAUGAACUGGGCUCCUUUUUACCUCAUAGACAGCCGAAGGAUUGGAGGUGGAUUUAUUGAUUGGCCCUAUGCUGCAUCCAAGCACUUGGGCUAGAACUCAACCCUGACUGCCAAGCUGACUGUAAACAGUAUUGAAGUUUGCUGUCAUAAUGUACCCUAGCCUGCCACCAAGACGCUUGUCCUGCCCACUUAGCCUCUGACUCACAGCUGUAUUGGUGUAAAUGCAAACCCGGCUCUCUGGCUGCCAAGAAUAUAUAAAUCCAGAACAGCAAAUCAAGCAUUCAGGCACAAGGCAAGAGGUCUUUCCAGGUAUCCAAAACAGACUUCUCAGAUUUUCCCAAAGACUGACCUUUCCUGAUUUCACCCCCUGAAAGAAUCAUAAAUGGAAUCUGGGAGCCAUUCAGACUCUAGCCUACUCUUUAGUGAAAAUGGACUUGGCUCUAAAAUGGCAACUCAUUGUCCUCAAGAACACAAACUGAGAUGCUGAACACUGGCCUCCUGCCUUCCCGUGACAGAUCUUACCCAAAUCCCGUCGAAGCCCACAUUGUCUUUUAACCUCCACCGUCCAGACAUGUUCCAGAACAAUCCCUCAGAAUUGUUUAAUGAGCUGGGACAAGGGGUGAUGGAGCUCCAGGUUUAGAAUGGCUGCUUUGUCUUUCUCUUCUGAGAAGUCUGUACCUGCUGGUCAGAGCUCUCACCCCUCAGGCAGUUUAGCCCAUGUCCUAGGAACUGCUCCCUAAAAUAAUCUUCUUCUAGUCUGUUUUCCCUCUGAAGAGAGGGUACACAAGACUCUAUGCUAGCGAAUACAUAACCUCAAUUCUCACCUGACUUGAUUAACUGAUGAACUUAGAAAGAUAAAGAUGCAGGGAACAUCCUGUGUCUGGUAAAUCUGUGCUUCUCAGCUUUGGUGCCUGUGAAAAUGCUGGAACCCAAAAGGAUAUUCGGUGGUAGACACACAGACGCUGCCUAAUAAAAUUAUGUAAGCUUAAGUUUAAUAUAAAUGGAACUUAGAAUGUCAUAUAAAAUAUUGUUACUUAAUUUGAUAGGAAAACUCAGAUUUUAUAAAGGCAUUAAAUAUAAUUUUAAUAGGAAACUGAAAUUUAUGUGCACUUGGUAUAUAAAUGACUGAAUUUUGGGUGAUUCAGUAAAGGUCACAUAUAACUAUGAGUGGUUGCUGACAAAAUGCUCCUACAGAUAGCAUAUUGCACAUGCGUUUUGAUUUGUUCCUUUAUCUGAGGUCAAUUUUUCUUAAUUUUAUUCAUCAAGUGUUAUACACUAGACAGAAGAGACCUAGUUAUCAUGUGCUCUAUGGAACUGUACUUUGUUAGAAAUUCACAUUUUCAGGCAAAACCCAGAUAUACUGUAUCAGAAUCUGUAUUUCAAAUAUUUCCAGGUGAUUCAUAUGCACAUUAAUAAUUGUUAAGUGGCAGUUAUUCUUUAUAUGGAUGGACUGAUUUCUCCAAAAGGUACAGUGAAGACUGUAUGUUUCAAUGCAUAUAUAUAUUAUCUUACAGAAAAUAACUAAAAACAAUAAAGUGGGGAUAGGGAAGGAGUUGAAGUAGAAAUUAAACAGAAAUGAGACAUCAUUAGCAGAUAUUGAGGCUGAGCAUCAGCCUAUUAUACUAUUUUGGUUACUAUAUAUAAGUUUAAAAUAUUGCCUAAUAAAACACUUGUAUAAAAAGAGAAACCAUCUAUAACAUUAGCUCUUAAGACUGGGGUUACAUUUGGGGAGGAGAAAAAGAGGAAGUGGUUUGUGGGGAAAAACAGGGGUAGUUACACAAAUGUAUUAGCUUUGUUAUAAUUUAUCGAGCAUUAUGUUAAUUGUGGAUGUAUUUCUGUAUGCAUUGUUAUACAUCAAUAAAAAUGUAAAUAUGACAUAUUUAAUCCUAACUUAA